AAAUAUGGGCCUCGAGAAUUAAGCUUAAAAGGAAGCGGUUCGCUCUCGAUUGUGAGAGAAUCAUCAGAGCAAGCAGUUUGCGAUUGACUAGCUCGGCCCAGGAGAUAGAUUUACUUGUCUGAUAGCCAUUGUCUUGUUUCAAUAUCCUCCUUCCUUUGUAUUCAUCUUAGGACCUGUCUAACUCUCGAACUACCCCGGGUGUUUGUUAAGAAGGAACAAUGGCUGACGGACUCAACCAAGCACGAGCAUUGCGUGUGGCCGAGAUCAUCAACGACUACCGCACUCUGCUCCUACACAUCUGCGAAGAGACCAUCCCGUCACCAAUAGAGGAGUACUUCGAAGAGGGCCAUGUCAUUAUGCGCGAGGGCCAUACAGCCGCACAGGCUUUGAUGGGGUCGAAUUACACACCCGCUGCUGUACCAAGCAAUGCCAGCAACGAGGAAGCAGAGAGGGCGGAAUUGCAGAGGGUAAUACUCGAUGGCAGCGCCCGCCGCUUCCAGGCACACCGGAUCUAUCUUCGUAUUGCGGCUGCGAAGCGAUGGGCUCUUCAUCGCGCAAAUAUCUUGCGCGGUCAACAACCAACGGCUCAACAUGCGGCGCAAUUGGCCACCGUGAGCAAUUCAUUUCGCCAGGAACUGGCACAAAUAACAGACCAAUACGUCGUUUCUGACCUCCGGACUGCCGACCUGCGGGCAGGUCACUGGCUUGACGAUGAUCCGUCUUUGGCUACGAUUUUGCGCUGGAUCCAGAUGCACCCUUCAUGAGAUGACUACUGCAUACGAUAAUACCCCCUCCCCUUUCCCUAUUGCUGUUUUGAUCGUUUCUAUGGCGGGGGCCGAAAAAAAGAAACGAGAACGAGAGAGCCACUAGAAUUUUUCGGGAUUAUUCUUUGAUUGUUUUGUUAUUUGCUUUUGUUGCCUCGGAGCGCCGGCC